AUCCUCGGUCUACCCCAACGAGCCCUUCAUAGCGAAGCAAAGAAAUAACGAAACCCUAUUUUUGUUAUUAUUUUCCCCACUCGAGCCUCUCCACCACCAAAUCCUGCCCCCUAUAAAUUAUAUAAACCCCCCUCCUUCUCAACAACUCUCGCCAGAAUCCUCCCCGUCCGCUCGUUGGCGCAGCGAUGAUGGCCUCCGCACCGGCCCCGCCCACGCUCCCCAUCUCCAACCCCAAGUCCAGCAGCGGCGCCCCGUCCUCCGUCGCCAAUGGCGGUGCCGCCCCGAUCGCCACCCCGGCGUUCCGCCUCUUCCUCUCCCGCCUUUCCGACUCCGUCCGCCGCUCCCUUUCCAAUCGUCGCCCCUGGUCGGAGCUCCUCGAUCGCUCCGCCUUCUCCCGGCCGGACUCCCUCUCCGACGCCACCUCCCGCAUCCGCAAGAAUCUCGCCUACUUCCGCGUCAACUACAUCGCCCUCCUCGCCGCCGUCCUCGCCCUUUCUCUCCUCUCUCACCCCUUCUCCCUCCUUGUCCUGCUUGGCCUCCUCGUCGCGUGGUGCUUCCUGUACCUAUUCCGCCCCGCCGAUCCCCCCCUCGUCCUCUUCGGCCGCACCUUCUCCGACCGCGAGACCCUCGGCGGCCUUGUCCUCCUCUCCAUCUUCGUCAUCUUCCUCACCUCCGUUGGAUCCCUCCUCAUCUCGGCCCUCCUGGUUGGCGCCGCCAUCGUCUGCGCCCACGGAGCCUUCCGCAUGCCCGAGGACCUCUUCCUCGACGACCAGGAUCCCGGCGGCGCCGCCGCGGGGUUCCUCUCCUUCCUCGGCGGCGCCGCCUCCUCCGCCGCCUCCGUCGCCGGCCCCGUCGUGGCUGCCCGCGUCUGAUGAUGACGUCGGUCUGACGGUGAGGCUAUGGGAUUUUCCCUUUUUCCCUCGUUACCUUCGUUUCCUUGUAGGGAAGGAAAAAUUCGUUGAUAUAGGGUUUGGUUGGUUCUCGUUCUUUUACUACUAUACAUUUUUAUACACAGAUCGGAAUAUAGAAUUCUAUUUUGGAUUCUUGUAAGUUUUUUGUGCUUACAUUCGAUAUCUCAUCUCCUAGAUCUAUCUGUCUGUUGAAAGAAUAAAUCUGAUAUGUUCUUUAAUAUAUACACACACACGACACACACAUACAU